CGGUUUUACUGCUGCCUACUGAGUACGGAGUACUGACCGUCAGAAUGUGGUUUUUGUCGAGUUCUCUGGUCGCCGUUCUAUGCAGCAUAGCUGCUGUGCUAGAUUACGCAUACGCCGAUGAAACAGUUCAAGAUGCAGCCGUAAUUGCCAGGCAUCUCGUGAACAGCUCAUCCAUCGGCACCAUGGCCACCGUCUUCCCCGGAGAUCAUGCCACUCUUGCAGGAGAGCCAUUCGCGCUGCAAGAGUACUACGCCAGCUGCCACGCGAACGGCUCGCUUACGCUGCUCUUCAUGCCCAUCUCGCGCCACAGUCAGAACGUGCUGCACUCGCCCGUGCACGCCGCCUCAUUGACCGUCGCGAGCGCAUCACCUGCCGCCAGCCGGCCGCGGGUCUCUCUCCUGGGGAACGUCACCGUGUUCCCCGUGCUCGGCGAUACCCCGGAGCUCGCAGCCAUCCAGGCCUGCUACCUUGCGCAGCACCCCGACGCGCGCUGGUGGCUCCCGGGUCCGAGAGAACCACAUGUGGCAUACUGGGCGCGGUUCGAUCCCCACACCGUGUACUUUGUGGGCGGGUUCGGAGACGAGCACUAUAUCGGCUACGUUCCCCUGAAGAUGUACCAGGAGGCGCUCAAGAGCGACAUUGACGGGCUGGGCGUCGCGGGUAGGUUCCUUGUGGACCAGCAAGGCGUCUUCUGAGACGCCAGACGACCACAUUUAGUCCUUUCUCCAACAUACCCUGACACAAGCGGCGGACUCAUGACGAACUCUAAUGAAUAUACAAAGAUUGUGCACAACUCUGGUGACUGUUGAGUAUUUGUUCAUGGGCGCAGCAGCAGUCAUGUACGUGAUGAGACGAGCUCGCGGCGACAGCCGUUACGACAUACAUAGCGACGAGAACACGCCGCACUCGCGGCGGCGACUUGCUGCGACAAAUGUGAAGGGGAAGGAUAUUCAGGAACCACGCGAAG